GCAUUCCAUGUUGUUUUGGCUCUAAGAGAUCUGUUCCAGACAGUACUGAAUACCAAACAAGAACAAAUAGUUGCUAAAGAAAAUAAGAGCGAUUUAUCAAAAACUGAAAAAAGGCCAGAAUCAAAAGAUGUUGAAAGCACGGACAGAACAGAAUUAGAAAUACAGACCAAAACACCAGAAGAACAAAAACCUAAGGAUGAGAAUAUAUAUUUUGAGGUUCUAUUAACAGAGCCUUUAAAAUUGAAAGAAGAGGAAAUAACAGCAGAAAAAGCUGAAGAGCCUAUGAGAACUGUAGAUGACCUUUUGGGUUUACAGAACGAAAUGACUAAAUUACAAGAGGGUAUAAAUCAAAUGGAUUCUAGUAUUGCAGCAGUUGCAGCUUUUAAUUCAGAUAUCUCGAUGCCUGAAAAUGAUCCUUUUGACACAUCAUUUGUUCUUGGACCUAAAAGAGAUUCCUUGCCUUUUCCAAUGCCGACCCCAAUUCCACUUGCAUCCCCUGUACCUGCUAAUGAUAAUAAUAACCAGUCUUUUAACGGCCAGUCUACAGUGGGUGAUAAAUAUGCAGUGUUUAAUGCAAUUGAUUCCACUCCUAGCAUCUUUGAAGCAUCUGAAGGGUCAAUUGGAACAGACACAGCAGCUAAUAAUGAUGUAAAAGACUUGGAAGAUGAAGUGGCAAAGAAAGCACCUCCAGCAAAACCACCACGUUUGAGCAAAUCAGCCUCUCCUGAUUUGUCAGUGUUUGCAGAAUUGGAUCCACUGGGUAAAGAUAGGCCAUACAAGGACAAAACAGAGUUUUUUCAAGACGUGAAAAAUCCACCAAAAAAGGUUUUAAAUGACUUAGUUGAUCCAAACAAAGAUUCCAGCAAAGCUUUUGAUAUGAAUCUGCUUUCACCCUCUGUUCCUUUCCCUGUAGACUUCGAAUCAAUGUCAACAAACUCAUUUGCAAAUCCAACCUUAUCUACAUCCCUUCCCAAUUCUUUCUCUGCUAAUUCUAAACUAACUUUACCUAAUGGAAAUGGUGAAAGGAUCCAUAAUCCAUUUGAAAAGCAAGACCAUUCUGGUAGAUCUGUAAAUCCUGCAAAAGUAUUAACCAGUCGUAGUUCUGAACCUGCAUUUUCUAAUGUUCAAAUAAUGCCUCAAAACACAAUUAAUAAUGUUUCAUAUCUUGGCAAGUCACCACCAUCUACUGCUGUUCUUGCAACAGCUCAGCAACAGUUAACUGUUAAUUGCAACAUGGCUAAUCUAAAUCAUUCACAACUAAUAUCACAACAGAGCACAUCGAGUUCUCCUAUACCAAUACCACCUCGACAAGCAGACUUCACUAAAGAUAGGUCUUAUUCAAAUGGAAGUGUUGGAAGCCCAUAUUCUAAAAGUCCUCUGCCUUUUGAUUCUGAAUCCCCUAUUCCUUCAGACUAUUACAUUCAAACUUACACUAGUUCUGAAAACUGUAGUCCUACAGGUCUCACAUUAAAAAAUGGCUUGAAUAUUCAACAAAACAAUUUGACAAAUGGAGAAAAUGGACUCACCAUUUUAUCUCCUCCUAACAAUAACCUGAGUAAGCAAACUAAUUUUUCUAAUUCAACUAACUCUAGUAAUGGUGUCUCUCGCCCUAGACCACGUCCCUCUUUAUCAAAAGGAGCUUCAGUUCCCCACAAUGGAAAUUCUUUCUCAUCACAUUCUUUGUCAAGUGAUUCUUCAUCAGACUAUGAAGCCAUUAGUCGUGAAAAUAUGCAAUCAAUUGCAAAUGUGUUAUUAACUAAUGGACACAGACUCCGUGCUCAAUCACUAUGUCUUGAAGCAAACAAUGAUUUCAACAAACUCCAGCUGUCUGGUGAGAAAAAUAUUUUUGCAAAGAAAAAUGAUCCAUUUGCUGAUGACUUCUUUUUCUCUCUACCAAAGAAAUCUAGCCUUCUAACUAAGACAGAAAUUCCAGAAUAUGUGUGAUGUGUUUUCUUGUGCUUGUCUGUGCCUGUCCAAAGAGGAGGAGGAGGAGGAGGAGGAAGAAUCGCCAUAUGCAACUAUAGUCAAAGUGAAAAAACAAGAUGAAACAGUAGAGUGAAGAAAUCAUGAAGUUAAAAACAUAACUGGACUGAGAAUAAAUAUACUACACUAAACUGUGCAUCAAUCAUCCAUCAAAUUUCAUCUUAAUUUCUCGUUGGAUGACACUGACAAGUAUUUAAGGCCAUUGUUUUAUAGUGUUCUAUAAGAUAUUUUUAUGUAAAAUAUUUAUAUAAAGCCAUAAUUCAAAAUUUUAUGAUUUUUUCUAAUUUUUAAUUCUUUAGAAUAUAUUGAAAUGUUUUCAUUCUUAAUUUUACUAAUAGAACAAAUUCACAAACUUCAGAAAUUUCUAUUUGAAGUUUCUCUUAGUGCCUUAUCUGUUUGUAUGUAUAAUUAUAAUGUACGAAAUGUUGAAAAUCAAAUAUAUUGUGAGUUUUUUAAUGAAAAACUUUAUUCCUGUUUCAUAUAUAAAUAAAUAUUUCAUAUUAGAA